GGGAUUGUCCGAAUAGAGCGACAUGGUCCUAGCGGUGAGAUCGAAAAUGCCAACGGCAAUGGUUUUGACCACCUCAUCACAGCUGCCAUUCUCGCGCCACACGCAAUACAUUCCCCCAGAGACAUCGCCCAGCAUAUGGCCGAUGCUGGCAUUAAUUGUUUUGCAGAUCACCGUGGAUCCCCCAGAAUCGGACAACGACGUUAAUGCCUCUGGACAUAACCCGGACCACGACUCGACAGAUCCUCCGGCACCUCUUCCUCUUUUCAGAUCCAGACAGCGAGCUCCACGAGUCGGACAACGAGGCUACUACCACCUGGUAAUACCUGGACCACAACUCGGGACACACACUUCCUUCCCUUUGUUAUGAUCCGCCUCUUUGCCACCCUGGCC